GCCACGUGGGACUUCUCAUGCAGCCAGCAGGGUUCACCGGCUAAAAAGCCAAUCCAGACCACGUGACCGUUUUGGAACAGUUGAUUGGACAUAAGUUUGUCAGGUCUUGUUGACCUGCUGAUGAAUCAGUCUAACCUCGCAGUCUGAGUCUUGUUGCACACCGGCAGCUCCAUCGGGCGAGUGAGUUUUCAUCUCAGGCUGUUUAUCACAUACUAGACAGUUAACAGAGCCAUCGAUCAUGUCGUACCAGGUGUAUGCCAUUGAGAAUCCUUCCAGUCAUCGUAUCCAUGGAGGACUGCACUCAGGCAAGCAGAUCAUAAUCCGUGGGCGAAUGUAUGAAGGAGGUCAAAGUUUUGCCAUCAAUCUGCAGAGUGAAGAACAUGAGGGGUGUGAUAUUGCCUUCCAUUUGAACCCACGGCACAAUGAGAAUAAAAUUGUUCGUAACUCCUUUGAGGGAGACUGGGCUGAGGAGGAAACUGGUGAAGUUUAUCACUACCCGUUUGCAGAGAACCAAGACUUUGCUAUCAGGAUUCUGGUCACAGACUCUCAGUACAAGGUUUAUGGGAAUGGUUACCAUGUGGUGGACUUUAAUCACAGGCUCAGCUACCAGAAUGUCCACUUUGUUAGAGUCACUGGAGAGGCUCAUUUCUAUGACAUCUCUUUUCAGGAUAAGGUGAGCAGCCCUUAUGUAGGCGUUAUACCAGGUAAAUUCCAGGUGGGAAAAGCAGUCAGGAUCAGGGGAGUAGUCACAGACACUGGAAAAGAUGUCUUCAGCCUGAAUUUCCAGUGUGAUCCAUCAGGGGAUGAGAUCGCUUACCAUUUCAACCCGCGUCACAGUGAUGAGGCUGUGGUGAGGAAUUCUAAGAUUGGCGGAGACUGGGGCGAUGAGGAGCGAGACAUCCCACACUUCCCCUUCCACCCGGGCAACUUCUUUGACAUGUUUUGUGUAGCCACCAAUGAGGGUUUUACAACAUUUAUCAAUGGAGCCUUCUACGUCAACUUUGCAUACCGAUGCUCUGUGGAGCAGGUAUCUCACAUGGCCAUCCAAGGAGAUGUAGACAUUGCUGAUGUGCAGUACUUUGAGCAAACAAGAGACAAUGUGUGCAAAGAGAUUCCAUCAGGACUGAAAAAGGGAGAUGUCAUCACAGUCCGUGGUAUCUUUCAGGCAGAUGCUCAAAGCUUCAGCGUGAACCUGCACCAUGAGAAUGACGCUGACUCCGACAUUGCGCUGCACUACAACCCACGCCGCAGCCAGCAGCAGGUGGUUCUUAACACGCGCUACGGCGGAGACUGGGGAGAGGAGCAGGUAGAAGAUCUACCCUGGGUGUUCAGAGAGAACCUGCCGUUUGAGUUACGUAUUAUCUCUAAGCCCAAGAAGUUUAAGAUUUAUUGUAACGGCCGGUUCAUGACCCAGUUCCCAGCACGAGAGUCUGUCCUGGACAUUGUGAAGUCAGUCAGUGUGGCUGGGGAUGCCUAUAUUCAUCAAAUCAAACUACAGAGACAAGUGGUUCUCCCUCAUUUUGAGAGAAUACCAGGACAUAUCAAUGAGAAUCACUGGAUCAGUUUUACUGGAACCAUUACCAAGCAGUCAACAGAGUUCUCUGUAAACCUGCAGUGUGGAGAGGAUGACAGUUCUGACAUCGCCCUUCACUUCAACCCGCGCAUUGCGGACCAGCAGGUGGUGCGCAACUCCAAGCAAAAUGGCGAUUGGCAGGAUGAAGAGAACGACCAACCGGAAUUCCCGUUCCAGCACAAGGAUUUCUUUGAAAUAAUCUUGUGUGUUCAACAUGAUACAAUUAGGACCUUUGUAAAUGGCCGCAACUUUGUGAACUUUGAUCAUCGCUUAAACAAAGACCAAAUUUGCCAUGUGAUGACAAGAGGAAAUGCUAACUUCUUCCAACCGGAGUUCUUCUAGACUGAAUUACCAGGACUAUCAGAUGUAUAGCAAAAGACUGUUGUGAGAAGCUGGGAAAAAUGGAGGCUUAGUUUAUUGAUGGAAAAGAACUUUUCUUUGGAAAUUGCUUUAGCAGACUUGAGCUGGAAAACAGUUACAGCCCUGGCAUGCGUAACAGUUGACAAACUGUACUUUAGUAAAAUUUGCUUUGUUACAGGGAAAACUAUGUGUAGUGUGAUAUGAAAUGGAACCAACAUCAGCAAUACAUGUAAGAUCGGCACAUUUUACCCAGUUCAUAUGACUUUAUGGUUCUGUGCUAUAGAGUUUUUCUAUAAUCAUGAACACAUACAUGCAAUAUUGUUUCGUUUGUUUUUCGUCUAUCUACUGAUACAGUUGGUCGUGUUAUAUAUGCGCGUUAAAACUUGUGGCUGGUGAUGUAAUUACUGAUUUAAGCACCAUUUAAUAUCAGCACUGUUUUUAGAACUAUGAGUAAGUGAGCAUACACGUAGAUCCACAACUGAUCAAGCUGAUAAUGUGGGGUCAAGUCAUUGUAAUCAGUUGAUGAGUGGUAUACAUUUUUUCCUUUUGCAUUUUAUGCGUAGCCAAUACUGUAUUUUGUAUCAAUACGUUGAUCUUGUUCAGGCUGCUGUAUAGUGAAGGCGAUCAUGAAAUAUGCUAAUUUCAACUGUUAUGUAGAAUGUAGUGUUUUUAAUUAUGGUGGUGCCCUCUGUAUUAGGUUAAAGGUUCAGAUAGCCUUAUCUUAGCAUGUUUAAAGUCUUGUAUGUUUAGAAUGAAAGUGUGUGUUAAAAAAAGAACUUUGUGCCUGGAAUCUCUAUGAACUUCCUCUUUUGUUAUGCUUAAAGGUACAGUGAUUAACUGAAAAAAAGAUGUUUUUCUAAAACUUUCUGUGAUAUACAUUUAGUGAUGUCUACAAGUUGAGGGAUUCACAUGUAUAUGUAAUUAUAUACAUACGUAAGUAACUUUAUUGUCUGAAGAAACUUUCUGGAAGAAUCUUGUUUCUGUUUUACUGAUAUAUGUCCUGAAUGUUACAUUGGUGCUAAGGUGUUUAGUGACAUGUAUUUAACUUUUUUGCUUUCAUUUACUUUUUUAUUGUGGUUACUUAUUUUUGAGAAUUCCUAGAUGUGCUUAGGGCAUUUUUUCACCCUGUGUAUCCUCUUUACUAUAAAAUACUCGUCGGACAACCCUUUUGCACUGUUGUUGAUCUUUAUGUCCUUCAAGUUCAACAGACAUAUAGAUGCUUUUUGUUACUCUUAUUUUUUAUGCUUUGUGUACUCUCUUAUAAAUACAGCUUACAAAACCAGAUUAUUUUGUGUAUUCUGCUUUGUUGUAUUAUUAAAAGUUCCCUUAAUGUAUAACAUCAUGAAGCAAUCUUCUAAGAAAAACAAGUGUGAAGGAAAGAAAAGAAGUAGCCAAGAAACAAACCUUUUAUUUCUCACUUCAAACUAUAUUAGAUUUGUCUUUCACAUUCGCACGCCAAGCAUCAUGUUCAAUUUACUAAUUAGCAAAAAAGUAAAUGUAAGAAUUCUUUUUCACAUUAUGGAUUAAAUACGAACCGUCACCAGCAUA